AUGCUCCCCAAAGGGCGGCGUGCGCGGGUCGGGUCCCCUAGCGGCGAUGCCGCUUCCUCCAGGCUGCGUAGCAUGCGCUUCCCAGGCGUCGCCAUCUACUUGGUCGAGCCUCACAUGGGUCGCAGCCGCCGGGCCUUCCUCACACGCCUGGCCCGCUCCAAAGGCUUCCGCGUCCUCGACUCCUGCAGCUCCGAAGUGACACAUGUUGUGAUGGAACAGACCUCAGCAGAGGAGGCCAUCAGCUGGCAGGAGCGCAGGAUGGCAGCUGCUCUCCCGGGUUGCAGUCCCCCAGCUCUGCUGGACAUAAGCUGGUUCACAGAGAGCCUGGCAGCUGGGCAGCCUGUGCCUGUGGAGUGCCGGCACCGCCUGGAGGUGGCCGGGCCGGGGAAGGGGCCUCCGAGUCCAGCAUGGAUGCCUAUCUAUGCCUGCCAGCGCCCCACGCCCCUCACACACCACAGUACUAGCCUCACAGAGGCUCUGGAGACACUGGAGGAGGCGGCGGGCUUCCAAGGCAGUGAGGGCCGCCUCCUCGCCUUCUGCAGAGCGGCCUCAGUGCUCAAAGCCCUUCCCAGCCCCGUCACAACACUGAGCCAGCUGCAGGGGCUACCCCAGCUUGGAGAACACUCCUCUAGGGUUAUCCAGGAGCUGCUGGAGCAUGGAGUGUGUGAGGAGGUGGAGAGAGUUCGAAGCUCAGAGAGGCACCAGACCAUGAAGCUCUUCACCCAGGUCUUCGGGGUCGGUGUGAGGACUGCUGACUGGUGGUAAAAACUGCCAACCCAGGAUGACCUCUGAGAGCAGCCCCAGAAACUGACCCAACUGCAGAAAGCGGGGCUCCAGCACCACCAGGACCUGAGCACCCCAGUUCUGCGGUCCGAUGUAGAUGCCCGGCAGCAGGUGGUGGAAGAAGCUGUGGGGCAGGCCAGGCCUGGGGCCACCGUCACACUGACCGGCGGCUUCCGCAGGGGGACGUUGCAGGGCCAUGACGUGGACUUCCUCAUCACCCACCCCAAGGAGGGCCAGGAGGCGGGGCUGCUGCCCAGAGCGAUGCACCGCCUGCAGGACCAGGGCCUCAUCCUGUAUCGCCAGCACCGGCAUAGCCGCUGGGAGUCCCCUACCCACCUGGCCCAGCAGAGCCACAUGGAUGCUUUCGAGAGGAGUUUCUGCAUUUUACGCCUACCACAACCUCCAGGGGCUGCUGUGGGGCGAUCCCCAAGGUCCUGCCCAUCCUGGAAGGCCGUGAGGUUGGACUUGGUGGUCCUACCCAUCAGCCAGUUCCCUUUUGCCCUGCUUGGCUGGACUGGCUCCAAGCUUUUCCAGCGGGAGCUGCGCUGCUUCAGCCGGAAGGAAAAGGGUCUGUGGCUGAAUAGCCAUGGGCUGUUUGACCCGGAGCAGAGGACGUUUUUCCAUGUGGCUUUAGAGGAAGACAUCUUCAGCCACCUGGGCCUUGAGUACCUUCCUCCAGAGCAGAGAAACGCCUGAGCCUGCCUGUGGCCCCCACUUCU